GCAAUCAGCCAUGCUGCGAGUUUACUGGAUUACCAUUACCGCUGUCUGUGUAGGACUGGAAGGUGUUUCUGGUGACAAGAUCAUCGAUGGGACAGAAGCCAAAGCACACAGCCGACCCUACAUGGCAUUCUUGAGGAUAAGAAAAGGCAAAAACAUGUACAACUGUGAUGGUUUCCUCAUUCAUCCAAACUUCAUCCUGACUGCUGCACACUGCCAAGGAGAGAAUAUCACUGUCCGUCUGGGGGCUCAUAAUCUCUUGAAAAAUGAGAGGUCCCAGCAAGUGAUACCAGUAGAGAAGAUCAUUCCUCAUGAAUGUUAUAAUGAGAUAACCCUAGUAGAUGACAUCAUGCUUCUGAAGCUGAAGCACAGGGCCAGGAUCACAUGUGAAGUGAACACCAUCAGCAUUCCAAAGAUAAAUGAGCCCCUCGACCUCAAUAAAUGUUCUGUGGCAGGAUGGGGAGACACUAAAACCAAUGGGACAGGCAGCAGUGUGCUGAGAGAAGUUAACAUCAACGUACGCUUUAAAUCUCUAUCUCAAAUCUUUGGAAGAGGCUCUGGAAAAAAAGGCGCCUGUCAUGGAGAUUCAGGAGGACCACUGGUUUGCACAGGCACUUCAAACAUUCCUACAGCUGUGGGCAUUGUGUCUUAUGGCCCAAAAAGAUGUGAAGAUCCUGGAAGUGAAGUCUACACAAAGGUGUCUGCGUACCGGGACUGGAUCAAAAAGAAAAUCAAUGCAAGCUCUUCUGCUUGAAGUCUCUUCCAGAGUCAGCAUGAGCCAAUAAUCCAGCUGAGAUCGUUAGCCUUGAUCUUAUAUCACGCUCUCCUAACUAGUGUCAGAUUCACUUGCAGAGAGUAAAGAAUGCUGGGUAGCUUUGCCGCGGUCUUUAAAUCAUACUAACCAGCACAUGUAACUGCUUAUCUGCUUCAAUAAAGU